AUGAAUUCUCAAUUAAAACUCAUAAAUAUAAAUGAUAAUAAAGGCUUAAAGAAUGAGAUUAAGGAGGAAUGGGAUCAGGAUUUCGAGUUUGGAGAAACAGAAAUAGCAAUAAAUAAUAAGAGUAGAAUAUCUGAAUGGGAUGAAGAUAUACAAAAAUCUGAUUACACUCAAUCAACACUGUUUGACAGCUUCAAUUCAUCGAAAGCAAAUUCAUUGAGGAGUUUAAUAGACAAUAAUAUUGAUGAUAAUACAACUCAUUUUAGACAUUCACGUCACAUUUCAUUCAACGAUGAGUUUAAACCUUCUGCAAUAAACAAAAAACCAUUCAGAAGAAAUAGUUUGAGUGAUUUGAGGAUACCACAAUUCGUUAAAAAUUCUCAGCAAGGGUUGAAGAUUCAAUUGGGUUCAGUUAAGGAGUUCUCAAAGGGUGUUGACGAAUUGAAACGACUGAGAGAUGACUUCGUCUUACUUAAAGAUAAAAUUAAUUGGCCAUCAAAUGACUUACCAGUCGAUUUACAGCGGAUCUGUUCAAAAUUAGACCUCUAUUGGGCAGACGUGUGGGAAUCUGCGAAUGUUUUGAUUGAAUUGGCCUCAGGCAGUGGUAUAGUACCUAUAGCAGAACAUCAAGAAGGGCAAGAAAACUUACCACGCUCAUUAACAACAUCACCUGCUAACUUGAAUUCACUUACUAAUACCACGAAUAACACACUCAGUGAUAAACAAUUAGACAUCUUAAAAUCAAUGUUACAAAAGCCAGCUAUAUCAGAUUAUGAAGAAUCUCCUAGAGGUUCGACGACUAUUGGACCACCAACUGGAUUAUUAAAUGAUGAACAAGCUUUCAAACCACCUAAUUCACCUUCUACACCUACCCAAAUACGAAGAUCAAGACUAAGGAGGGCUUCAAAAGCUGGUUUGAAUAGCUUCAAAGAUUUAGUAAACAAGUUCGUUAACUCAAUCGACAGUCCAACUAAAUUAAAUGAAACUACAAACACUAUACCCCAUCUCGAUGAAUCAAAUCUCCGCACUCCACCAACGCUUCACAGGAAGAGGCCCUCACUUGCUCAAUUAUUCGCAAGGAAAGCUUCAACGAGUAGUUUGACUAGAAAGACAUCAUUAAGUUCACAAAGGAAGACUUCAAUGAAUAUACCACCAAUUGGUGCAGUAGAUUUGAAUGAUGAGAACACUCCAAUACAAACACCUACAAAACCAAAAAGAUUAAAUUCUGAGUUUAGAUCUUAUUCGGAGAAUUUAUCAACACCAAAACAAAGGGAAGAGAAAAUUAAUUUCCCUAUGUCUUCACCAAUAAAUAGAUCACAAUCUACUGGUGAAUGUAGAUUACAAUUAACACCGGACGCUUUACCACAAUUACUUGGUCAUCUUAAUCAAGUUAAAUCAAAAUGUCAAGAAUCUCUAUCCGAAUGGAAGGAUAUACCCGUAUAA